AUGGUAUUUAUCAAAAAAAUUAUGAAUUCUACUGAUAGUAACAAAAGGAAUAUAGCUGUUUUAAAUAUUGGAACAAAUGAUAAAAAUAACUCUGUUACAAUUUUGGAGACAGCUUUUUAUCUAAUUGAGAAAUAUAUUGGUAAAAUUAUUAACACUUCUUACCUAUAUGAAACAGUGCCUGAAUAUAUUAUACUAGAUGAAAUAAAAUCAAUAGAGAAUGUAACUAAUGAAAUAUGUGAAGAUUAUGAAAUUAAUGAUAUUAAUUGGUUAAAGGAUAUAGUGAAAGCAUUAGAAUGCUCAAGAUAUGAAGAAAAUUACGAUUUAAUUCAUGAAUGCUAUGAAUACGAUAAAUUUCUGAAAAAUGAAAAAUUAAAUGAAAGUACCAUAGAAGAAGUGGCCGCAGAUGAUUAUGAAUUAGAAUCUAAAAAUCUAAUAAAGAAAAAUGAUGAAAUUAUGAAAGAGAAUUUAGAAAAAUAUAAGAAUAAAUAUUACACUAAAUAUUUUUAUAAUGUAGUAGUUGUUGUUAGAAGUUUUGUUGAGGACCCACUGAGUAUGCUUAUAAUAUUAAAGUAUAUUGAACAAUUAAUGAAAAGAAAAAAUAUAAAGAAAAGAUUAAAAUUUGAAAAUCGUCUUUUAGACAUAGAUAUAUUAUUUUUUAAUAAUUAUACCAUUUUUAAAAAAAAAAUUGAGUUAGAAAAAAGUGAUAUAUAUAAAGUAUUUUUAAAAUAUAUUAAUAUAGAAAAAGAUAAAAACAAAAUUUAUGAAAUAAUUGAAACAUUAAAAGAUGAAAUUCAAUUUUUAUGCAUUCCACAUUUAUAUACAAGAUUUAGAUAUAGUAUAUUAUUAUGUUUAAAUGAUGUUAUUCCUCAGUAUAAGCAUCCUGUAUUAAAAGAAAAAAUUAGUACAUUGUAUAACAAUUGUGUUAAAAAUUUUGAAGAAAAAUAUAAAAUAAAUAUCAAAGAAAACAAUAAGAAAAUAUAUGUACUAAAAGAUCAACUGUUAUAUUUAAAAGAGAAAACACAAAUUGUAGGAAUAUUAAAUGUAAACUAUGAUUCCUUUUCCGAUGGUGGAUUAUUUGCAGAUCCUUCAAAAGCAGUAGACAGAAUUUUUGAAAUGAUAAAUGAAGGAGCAAAUGUAAUUGAUAUAGGUGGUGAAUCGUCUGCUCCAUUUGUUGUUCCUAAUCCCAAAAUUAGUGAAAGAGAUUUAGUUAUGCCAGUUUUAAGAUUGUUUCAUCAAGAAUGGGAUAAAUUAGAGAGUGAGUUAAAAAAAGAUAUCAUAAAACCUGUUAUAAGUAUUGAUACAGUGCAUUAUGAUAUUUUUAAAGAAUGCGUUGAGGAAAAUUUUGUUGAUGUUUUAAAUGAUAUAAGUGCAUGCACAAAUAAUCCAGAAAUAAUAAAAUUAUUAAAAAAAGAAAAUAAAUAUUUAAGCGUUGUUUUAAUGCAUAAAAGAGGAAAUCCACAUACGAUGGACAAAUUAACAGAUUAUAAUAAUAUAGUUUAUGACAUUAAAAAUUAUUUGGUGGAUAGAUUAAACUUUCUUGUUUUAAAUGGAAUACCACGCUAUAGAAUUAUAUUGGAUGUUGGAUUAGGUUUUGCAAAAAAGCAUGAUCAGUCAAUUAAAUUAUUAAAAGAUAUUCAUGUUUAUGAUGACUACCCUCUUUUUAUUGGAUAUUCAAGAAAAAGAUUUAUUGCACAUUGUAUGAAUGAAAAUAGUAUAAUAAAUAGAAAGAAGGAAGCUUUUGGUGAUGAGAAAAGUGAAAAUGAAAAUAAAAAAAAAGGAUGGAUAUUUAAAAUGAAUAAUGUGAGACAAGAUAAAGAUCAGUUACUAUAUCAAAAAAAUAUAUGCGGAGGAUUGGCAAUUGCUUCAUAUUUAUUUUAUAAAAAAGUCGAUUUAAUAAGAGUUCAUGAUGUUUUAGAAACCAAAGCUGUUUUAGAUGUAUUAACAAAAAUACAUAAAUUAUAA